GGAAAUUAAAGGAAACCAGAAAUGAAAUCUUUAAACUAGAGCAGGCGGCAUUGAUCGAGCGCCGGCACUAUCUUAAAUGCAGGGGAGGAGCUGCUUAAAACUUUAAAGAAGUCGGGAGAAAAAGCAGAUAGAAUGAAUGUAGCUUAAUAAAAUAUUAAGUGGAUACUUAACACGUAAUCCUUAGAAUCCUUGGACUUGAGACUUUUCACGGAAUGUUGAAAGCUUUUACCUUGGAGAAAUGCGAACUAUUUCGAUAACUGCUGCCUGGUUGGUAAUCUAAGAAAUGUCACUGAUUUAGCACGACAUGGACUCUUCCUUGUGGCAGCCUGGGAUUGUUGGUUCACAGGGAAUUAGAUCAUGUGCUUUUGGAAAUGCGCUGGAGCCGUGUGCUGUAAACGAACAUCGUUUAUCUAAGGCAAUAACUGACUGGAGUUGAUUCAGCAGUCAAAUGAGGUCAUGCGCUCUAAUUAGCACUACUAAUUAUUCAUCCAAUUCAGGCUGAAACCUGUGGCUGCCCAUCAAUACCCCUUAGUGGAGCCUUCUUUCUUGUAAAAUAAUCUGCCUCAUUAAAUGGUUAGGCACUGUCCUCUUAGCCAUGCACUUGCUUUGCUUGUUUUAAUGAAAAUGGAAAAAAAAAAUGAUUUAGCUAUGAAACCUGUAUUUUAAGUCCCAGGACAGCUUUCCAAAUAGCUCUCCUGCCUCAUAUCUAGAAGUCCUGUUGGUUAUUUGCUUAUUUAUUAGGUCUAAAUGGAAUCUCCUGCCUCGUAUUUAACAGCCCUGAUAUUUAUUUAUCUGUCCUAUUUAUUUAGUGAACAAAGAGAAGUCUUUACGCAGGUUCGCAAGUGCUGGGGCUGUUGGUAUGUGCCAAGGAUCUUUCCUGAUACCACAUUCCUCUUUUCUUCACUGAGAGAGCCAGAACUUUUUUGUAGCCAUGAUAUCUGAUAGAACUUUUUACAGUGACAGAAAAUUCUAAAUUUGCAGGGAUCAGAAUCGCGGCUGAUGGACACCUUCGGCAACUGAGUACUUAAAAUAUAAUUUAGCUGAAGACCUGAUUUCUUUCCUUGUCUUGACCUGAAUAAUUGUAUUGAAAGAAUCUCCUGUAAAAAGACAGAUCGAAAGUAAGACAGGCUGCUGUCUGCUACCCUGCAACCAUGAGCAGCAAUGCAACAGACCUCACCACCGGCUACCUCUCCUCUGCUGCGGCAAUCCUCCUGUUUGGCUCCAACUUUGUACCACUUAAAAAAUAUGACACUGGCGAUGGGAUGUUCCUUCAGUGGGUGCUCUGUGCUGCCAUUUGGUUGGUUGCCUUGGUGGUCAACUUGAUACUGCACUGCCCUAAAUUCUGGCCGUUUGCGAUGCUUGGCGGCUGCAUUUGGGCAACAGGGAACAUUGCUGUCGUUCCAAUUAUGAAAACCAUUGGUUUAGGUCUUGGAAUCCUAAUCUGGGGAUCAUUUAACACCUUAACUGGCUGGGCAAGCUCAAGGUUUGGCUGGUUUGGGAUGGAUGCAGAAGAAGUGUCCAAGCCAAUGCUGAAUUACGUUGGAGCUGGGCUGUCAGUAGUAAGUGCGCUCACGUUUUUGUUCAUCAAAAGUGAAAUUCCGAAUAAUCCAGGCAGCUCGGACACCACACCACUGAUGACAGAGCCUGUGAUCAAGAGAACCGAAGACCGGAGUGCAGAUUCCUCCUGGGUGGAUAGACUUUCUACCACGUACCACCGCAUUGUGGGCUGCAGCCUUGCGGUAGGAUCUGGAAUACUCUACGGAUCGACAUUUGUGCCAAUCAUUUACAUCAAGGAUCACAGCAGAAGAAAUGACAGCGUGUUCGCAGGCGCUAGCCAGUAUGAUUUAGACUAUGUGUUCGCACACUCCAGCGGCAUCUUUCUUACAAGUACAGUCUACUUUGUGGCCUACUGUGUAGCCAUGAAAAAUAGGCCAAAGCUGUAUCCAGAGGCAGUCUUACCAGGCUUCCUGUCAGGGGUGCUGUGGGCCAUCGCCACCUGCUGCUGGUUCAUCGCCAACCACUCACUAAGCGCCGUGAUCAGCUUCCCGAUCAUCACUGCUGGUCCUGGACUUAUUGCUGCACUUUGGGGGAUACUCAUUUUCAAGGAAAUACAGGGUCUCCGAAACUACUUACUGAUGUUGCUGGCUUUCUGCAUCAUCUUAGCUGGGGCCUUGUGCACCGCUUUUUCUAAAGUGUAGCAGCAGAGGGCAGCAGCGGCUAGGAGAAGGACCUUUGCUGCACAAGCUAACACUGCGGGACAGCUAAGCUGCGGCGCUGUGGGUCUCUGCCACUCUGGGAAUGAACGGAUAAAUGGCUGUUGGCUCCACCAACUUGAGAACGCGAAGAGAGACCGUGUUUCAGUUCAGCGUGUAUGAAAACUCCUUUCGAUGAGCUAUUAAUGAAGGCUGGACCUCGCUGGGUGGCUCAAAGGCAUAUCGGAUCAUCCUGUCUAACAGUGUCGACUUAAUACUAUAAUCCAGAAAAUAGGAUGGAGUUUGUACAAAAGAAAUUACCAUCCCAAUUUAUAAUUUAUUAAUAAAGAGGACCCAAAAUAAGUCCUUUCUUGGUUGAGGGAAGGAACACACACAUACCUUGUGGAAUUUACAUUAAAGAUAUCGGCCCCUUUGCUAAGAGCAAAUGUCAUAGUUGCAACCUGAAUGUUUAAAAUGCCAGUUCAUUAUUUUUGGCCAAAAAUUAUUACUUUAAUAUUGCUCGGCUCUUUAUCUUGCCUGCCCUUCUUAGCUCAAAGUGUUUGAUAAUUAUUCCAGAUAAAACGGAUCCUCAGAGAGCAGGUCACCACUAUGUACGUGUGAUAUAAUGUAUACAUUCACAAGCACACAUACGUGUGUUCGUGGUUUCAGAUUUGGACACAUUCUAGAGUUGCUGAAAUAGCAGUUUUAGCUCAUCAGGUUCAAUUUAAAGGAAGCCGACUUGUUUGACUGCACAACUAUUUUUUUUUUCUCCUUAAACACAGUUACUUAAAAGAUCAUUUUAACUGGAAGUGUUUCUUUUGGCCCUAUUUUAACUGAUUUCCAGGAGACAAAAGAAGGUAGCAUAUGUAUUGAUUUGAUUCUUUAAGGAAAAAAAAAAACCCACAGGCACAUUGCUCACGACCAUGCUCUCUGCACCCUUAAUAGAAUAAUGGUGUUCGGCUGUGCCUUUCACCCAUUCUCUCCUGAUAUUGCAGUGCUUUGUCGUGCCAGAGCAACAGAAUAGCAUCCUGCACCUGCCUCGGCUUAAACCUCAGAUGCUCGGUCUGAGUUGUGUAGCUUUGGACCUGAGCGCUCUCUCGGCAUGGCAGGCUUCCUGGGAAGGAGGGCCAGUGAUAGCAUGUGCCUUGAAUUCAGUUGUCCAAAUGUCUCCUUGCCUGACAAACACUCUAAACGUCUUUGCUAUUGUUACUACAUGUUAAUCAAGGGGAAACAAAGUUUACAGAUAGGUAAAACUUACAACUUAUAAAAACUACUGGACUUACCAUCCUCAGCCCAAUUAGGCUUUGUCUUGCCAAAUCAGAAACAUCCCUGGAGUCCCUUCUAAUCAUUGAAUUGCUCACACAAAUAAUAUUUGAUAUUAAUAAUGUCUUUUUUCUAUUUCAGUUUUUACUUGAAAUGUCAUUAAAUUGUGAUGGUAUGACAAUUUCUGAAUAAACAUGACAGAAAAACUA